AUGAUUGGACUUAUGAAGCCCUGAUUGAUUCCAUGAAGAAUGACAACACUCUCUUCGGAUGCAACUACCUACCAACGAAUAAACAGAAAUUGUGGACAACUAUAAACAGAAAUUCAUCAGGGGUUACUAAGAAUGGGUAUUGUCCAAAGUGCUCUAAUUUUUGGGUAAUAUUGAUGUAAUGAAAGCCACUUACUGUUACUGCGAUAUUUGUAAAGUCAAUGUAGAAAAAGGGAAAAUGAAGUAUUUCUUGACUCUCAGUUUGGAGAAUCAGUUAAAACCGUUUUUAAAGGUGCCAAAUAUGAAGAAAAUAUUGAAUUAUCGUUCGGAGAGAGUGAAGAAGGUUGAAGAUAACAUCAAGGAUAUUUUCGAUGGCCAAGCUUAUAUUAGGUUACAACAAGAGAACAUCAUUUCAUCAAGUGAUUUUACUUAUUCAUUCAAUACAGAUGGAUUCAAUGUACAUCGGUCAUCUGGGGCUUCAGCAUGGCCUAUUUUCAUUAUCAUCAAUGAGGUGCCACCAAAUCUGAGACAGAAGUACAUGUUUCUUGCUGAAUUGUGGUAUGACAAAGAUGAGCCGAAUAUGAACUCUUACUUGAAACCAUUUGUGGAAGAGGCGAAUCAUUUGUCUUCCAAAGGGAUUCGUUGGAAACCUGAUAGAUCAUCCGACGUGACGAGUAAAUUCAUACCAACAUGUUGUGUUGUUGAUUCUAAGUGUCGUUGCAAGCUUCUUGGUAUGGCCCAGUAUUCUGGGUACUAUGGUUGAACUUUCUGUACAAUUAUAGGAAUUUAUGUAGCUAGCAAUAUGAGAUACCCGAUUCUCCCACAUCCCGAAAUACCAGAGCCUACGAUGCGCACUGAUGAGAGUGUCCGCCAACAGAUCCUUGCAGCUCAUAACAGUAAAAAAACCA